UACAAUAUGUGAUUUCAAAACAAUAGCGUAUAAACAUGUAAUACUAUGAUUUCUCAGACUUUAUUUGUAGAAUUUAUAUUAAUUUUAAAUAUGCACGGUUGCAACAGCCAUGUCGACAGUGCAAAGUUAGAAGAGGAAUGCAAGAUCGCAGACAUCUGUCGUCACGACCAAGUUCCCGUGUGCGGGAUCGACGGCUGCGGGGAAUUGAGAACUUUCAUUGAUACAUGCGACAUGCAUGAGUUCAACUGUGAUAGUAAAAAAGACUUCAUCCAAAAACCAGUUCACGAAUGUUGGGUGACUUGCAAACGUGGUAGAAGUUUUAAGAAACCGCUCUACGGUGAAGAUUGUAUGAAAACUAAUUUAGUAUGAAAACGACAAAAUUAUCAAAACAAUUUUAUUUAAAUAAUAAAUUAAUUCGAUAA